UGGAGAGCAGGAGUGUCAUUGUCAUCACUGUGUGAAGUGGAGGGCAGUGGGGGGUGAGGCUCAGCUCUGGGUGCAGGGUCCGGCCUGCCUCCUGGGCGGAAUACAGACUCAUAAAUUUAUUCCACAGGUACUUGUUGAGUGUUGGUCAAAAAUCCCUGUCCUCAAAAAGCUCAUUUUCUAGAGAAGGUAGAUUACCAAGAUCAGUAACAAAUUAGACGGUGGUAAGUGCUACAGAGGAGGCCUGGGGUGGUACAAACAGUUAAGCAGUUGACUACUAACCGUUUGGACCUACCCAGAGGCACCUCAGAAGACUGGCCUCAUAGACUACUUCUGAAAGGUCAUAGCCUUCAAAACCCCCCUGGGGUGUGUUACUUCUGCACGCGUGGUGUUGCUGUGAGUCGGAAUCCACUUGAUGGCUUUGGUUUUUUGGUUUUAAGUGCUAUGAAGAAAAGCAGCAGGAGAGGAGGCCAGGAAAUGCUGGCUGGGUGGUGGAUGAUAGUUUUACACAGGGUGGUCAGGGAGGGCGACGUGGAAAGAGGAGGGAGGGACACAUGUGGGUGUGGGGGAGCAGCAGUGCAAAGGCCCUGAGGUGGAAGCCCCUGGGUGUGUUUGAGGAAGAGCCAGGAGGCCCUGUGGCUGGAGCUGAGGAGGCGGGGCUGAGUGGUAGCAGGAGAGAUGGGAGGUGCUGGGGGAGGGUGUGCCAGACUGCUGGGUCUCGGAGACUGUGGUAAGACUCAGCAUUUGGAAAGAAUCAUUCAGCAGGUGCGUUGAGGCUAGAGUGGAGGGCCCAGGUGGGAGCAGUGAGCUCUGGGGGAGGGACGAGGGCAGGGGUGGGAGUCCCGACGGAUUUUGAGGCAGAGCCAGCAUGGCUUCCUGAGGGUGGAGGGUGAGGGCAGGAGAAGGGGUGUUGGCCUAAGAACUUGAGUAGCUGUCAGCUGAGAUGAGGCCGUAGGGGAAGAAGGGGGCAGUUCUGGGCUCCUGCUGGGCUUCCCUGUGAACUUAGUCUCUGACCUCUGGCUCUCACGGGUUGAGCAAACAUGACAGGCUUCACAGAUACAGAUGUAGUUAAAACCAAGCGAGGAGGAGGACACGCCUACCCUGGCCCAUUCAGCUGCCUGGAUGGAGAUGGACGCAUCUGGGCCGUGUUGGAGCAGCCGGGCAGGGCCUCUAACCUGCACUCCAGGGCCCCUGAUGUCCUGCAUUGCUGAGCCCGCCACAGAGGCCAAGACUGUCCGGUGGAGAGCCCUCUGGCCCGCUUCAGAUUCUGGAAAACUUUCAUCACCAGGAGGUUUCUCGGUACAUUGCCAGUUCACUGUUUUAGGCUGCCCGUGGAGGAUGACAGCCGUGUGAGCAGCCGCCAUGGCCAGCCGGAGGCACCAGAGCACCGUGAGCAGCAUGCUGGACCACAGGGCACGGCUGGACCCCACGGGCCCCCAGGGCCCGGAGCCUGAGAGUGAGGAGGUGGAGCUGCCCCUGGAGGAAUACAUGCCCACGGGCCUGGAGCUGGCCACCCUGCGGCCCGAGAGCCCACCGCCUGCGGAGCAAGAGUGUGCCGACCACAGCCCCGAUGGGGACUCAAGCUCUGACUAUGUCAACAACACCUCGGAGGAGGAGGACUAUGACGAGGGCCUCCCAGAGGAGGAAGAGGGCAUCACCUACUACAUCCGCUACUGCCCAGAGGAUGACAGCUACCUGGAAGGCAUGGACUGCAAUGGGGAGGAGUACCUGGCCCAUGGCACCCCCCACCUGGAGACUGAUGAGUGCCAGGAGGCGGUGGAGGAGUGGACAGACUCAGCUGGCCAGCAUCCCCUUGGCCCCGGGGCUGAAGGCAGCCAGGACUACCAGGACAGCCACCUCCCUAUCCUGGAGCAUGAGGCCUCCACGCUGGAGACCCACGACCAGGAGGAAGGCGUCCACUACUGUCCCGGUGAAGAGGAGUACCAGGACUACUACCCGGCAGAGGCCAAUGGCAACGCAGCUGGGGCCUCCCCCUACCGCCUAAGGCGGGGGGACGGGGACCUGGAGGACCAGGAGGAAGACAUCGACCAGAUUGUGGCCGAGAUCAAGAUGAGCUUGAGCAUGACCAGCAUCACCAGUGCUGGUGAGGCCAGCCCCGAGCACAUGCAUGUGCGGGGGCCCGAGGUGGGGCCCGGGGACUCCACAGAGGCCUGCCCACCUGGUGAGGCCAGCCACGGUCGCAGCAGACAUGAGGGCCGGCCCAAGUCGCUGAACCUCCCUGUGGAAGCCAAGCACCCUGGAGACCCCCAGAGAGGCUUCAAGACCAAGACCAGGACCCCAGAGGAGAGGCCAAAGUGGCCCCAAGAGCAGGUUUGCAAUGGUUUGGAGCAGCCAAGGAAGCAGCAACGCUCCGACCUCAAUGGACCUGUUGACAAUAACAACAUUCCAGAGACAAAGAAGGUGGCGUCAUUUCCAAGUUUUGUGGCUGUUCCAGGGCCCUGUGAGCCCGAGGACCUGAUUGAUGGGAUCAUCUUUGCUGCCAACUACCUGGGGUCCACCCAACUGCUGUCAGAGCGGAACCCGUCUAAGAACAUCAGGAUGAUGCAGGCGCAGGAGGCCGUCAGCCGCGUCAAGAGGAUGCAGAAGGCGGCUAAGAUCAAGAAGAAAGCGAAUUCUGAGGGGGACACCCAGACGCUGACCGAAGUGGACCUCUUCAUCUCCACCCAGAGGAUCAAGGUUCUAAAUGCAGACACACAGGAAACCAUGAUGGACCACGCCUUGCGCACCAUCUCCUACAUUGCCGACAUCGGGAACAUUGUGGUACUGAUGGCCAGGCGCCGCAUGCCACGGUCGGCGUCGCAGGAUUGCAUCGAGACCACACCCGGGGCCCAGGAGGGGAAGAAGCAGUACAAGAUGAUCUGCCACGUGUUCGAGUCAGAGGACGCCCAGCUCAUCGCCCAGUCCAUUGGCCAGGCCUUCAGCGUGGCCUACCAGGAGUUCCUGCGGGCCAAUGGCAUCAACCCCGAAGACCUGAGCCAGAAGGAAUACAGCGACAUCAUCAACACCCAGGAGAUGUACAAUGACGACCUCAUCCACUUCUCAAACUCGGAGAACUGCAAGGAGCUGCAGCUGGAGAAGCACAAAGGAGAGAUCCUGGGUGUGGUGGUCGUGGAGUCGGGCUGGGGCUCCAUCCUGCCCACGGUGAUCCUGGCGAACAUGAUGAAUGGUGGCCCGGCGGCCCGCUCGGGGAAGCUGAGCAUUGGGGACCAGAUCAUGUCCAUCAAUGGCACCAGCCUGGUGGGGCUGCCUCUUGCCACCUGCCAGGGCAUCAUCAAGGGCCUGAAGAACCAGACGCAGGUGAAGCUCAAUAUUGUCAGCUGCCCUCCAGUCACCACAGUCCUCAUCAAGCGGCCAGACCUCAAGUACCAGCUGGGCUUCAGUGUGCAGAACGGAAUUAUUUGCAGCCUCAUGAGAGGGGGCAUUGCAGAACGAGGUGGUGUCCGUGUCGGCCACCGCAUCAUCGAGAUCAACGGGCAGAGUGUCGUGGCCACAGCCCAUGAGAAGAUAGUCCAAGCCCUGUCCAACUCUGUCGGAGAGAUCCACAUGAAGACGAUGCCUGCUGCCAUGUUCCGGCUCCUCACGGGCCAGGAGACCCCGCUCUACAUCUAGGCUGCGGCCCAACGUAACGAGCUCCACGGCCAGGCCCAGAGGCACUGAGCACUUAUCCGCAGUGGGAGGCCAGGACAUUGGGCCGACCCGACCCUCAGCCUCGAAGGACUCGGGCUUCCCUGGUGGGCGUGCCCCCACCCACCUUUUUUUUUUUUUUUUGCCAACAAGGGGUAUGUUUCUAUCAAAGGAGAGUCACAGAAACAGAACCUUUGUAAAACAUUCAAGUAUUUUGCCACAUUCCGAAUGGUUUCCUCAGUGACCGAUGAGGGUGUUGUGUGUACUCUGUGGUGUAGAGUGUGUGUCUUUCCUCCUUGAAGCUGUAGUGGUCGUGGGUGUCUGAUGGAUGGGUGAGGAAAAGGGGCCACUAGGGAGGCCAUGACUGACCCUCCUGCCCCACACUGGUCCUCUGGGGGACCCUGAUGGUACCAGGUAGGUGGACCCUGCCACAGCUUCUCAAGAACACAGCGCAGCCCCCAGGGUGACUUGUAAUUAAAGUUUGGGAACACGU